AUGUCUGACGUCGCUGAGACCAAGCCCGACCCCACCAUCAGCGCUCCUGAGGGCGCUGAGAAGCCCGAGGAGACGACCACCACCGCCACCGAAGAGACCAAGACUGAGGAGAAGCCCGAGGAGUCCAAGUCGGUGACUGAGUCCGCUGCCGAGGCCGUUAAGGACACUGCCACCAAGACUACCGACAGCGUCUUCUCCAUGUUCGGCGGUGGCCCCAAGAAGGAGAAGCAGGAGGAGCCUGAGGAUGCUAAGGACGAGCCCUCCGGCUCUUCCAAGGCCCAGAAGGGUGAAGAUGAGGACGAGGCCCCCGAGUCCCCUGAGGUUCACUUCGAGCCUGUCAUCCGCCUGACCGAGAAGGUGGAGACCAAGACCAACGAGGAGCUGGAGGAGCAGACUUUCAAGAUGCGUGCCAAGCUUUUCAGAUUCGACCGUGACAGCAAGGAGUGGAAGGAGCGUGGUACCGGUGACGUCCGCCUGCUCAAGCACAAGGAGAACCAGAAGACCCGUCUCGUGAUGCGCCGCGACAAGACCCUCAAGGUCUGCGCUAACCACUACAUUGUUCCCGAUAUGAAGUUGAGCCCCAACGUUGGCAGUGACCGCAGUUGGGUCUGGAACGCUACCGCUGAUGUCAGUGAGGGUGAGCCCGAGGCGCAGACCCUGGCCAUCCGUUUUGCCAACAGUGAGAACGCCAACCUCUUUAAGGACGCUUUCGAGAAGGCCCAGCAAGAGAACGAGAAGCUGCUUAGCCAGCAGUAA